GGCGCGGUCGACUUAAUCGCUGGUAGUAGUAGUAGCCGGGUGGUGGUGGUUGGAGUUCGUAGUGGCGUGCGUAGACGCGACGUGCUCGUGUACCGAGGGGUAGGGAGCUUUGACAGCGUCCCUGGGUGGUGGUGGCAAAGAGCAGGAGAAAGAGAGAAAAGAGAGAGCGAGCAGCCGGCAGCGACGAAGCAAAAGGGUGUUUCGCUCGGCUCAUAUUAGACUAGUCUGUCAGUGCGCGCGGUUCCGUGGUGGCGCGGGUCUCCGGUUAGUGUGGUGGCUGGUCGAAACGCGUUAUUCCGGUGCUGGCACGCGCGCGCGACCACGCUUCUGUGGACAAAAAGAAAGAGAAACGAGGGGCGAGUCUGACGGUAGCAAGAGAGAGGGAGAGACAGGGAGAGAAAGAGAGAAAGAGAGAGGGAGGGUGCGUAGGUGUGUGCGCGCCGGCGAUGCUGGUCUGGCGGCGGUAGCGGUAGAUAGAGAGUGGUGCACGGAAGUGGCGGUGGCGAGACUCGGUGGAUGGUGGGUAGUGGCGGUUCGGGCGGUAGGUUGGAUCGGUCGUUUAAGCGUCUUCGUCGUCGUCGUCGUCAUCGUCAUCGUUGUCGUGGUGGCGGCGAGAAUACGGUGCCGGGACGCGUGGAGGAGUAACCAACGGAGACGAGACGACGACGGGACCGGAGAGAAGAGACGCGAGGAUGAGAUCGAUAAGGAGGGAGUUGAGGUGCGGGUUUCGCGAAACGGGGACGCCGCGGCGCGCGUAGAGACGUGGCUGGUAAACAUACGCGCGUAAAAUACUCACGCAGGGCGGCCAGGCAGGUAGGCAGGCACGCACUCACGCACGCGCCCCGUCGCUCGCGUCGCGGCGGACAGAGAGUCGUGGAAGUCGGUUUUGUCGUGGCUGGACACCGGGGACGAAACGAUCGCCGGGACUCACCCUCGUCCUGAAGAUCCGGAGACGGAGGGCGAGGGAGAGAGGAGAGAGACCGGGAGACGCAGAGAAAGAGGGAAGACGGAUACGUAUCGGACUGGAGCGGACAGAUUCGUCGAGGAAACGGGAUCAUCCUCCUCCCUUUCUCUCUCCCCCUCGAUCUCUAUUCAUCUCCGCUUUAUGAGUUUUGCCGGCGAAAGAAGGUCAAAGAUCGAUCGUCGAGUACGAGGGUCGUGACCUCACGCACACGCACACACACACAUACACACACACACACACACACACGCGCGCGUACGCGGGGACACGGAAGCAAGAACGAGCCACGCGCGCGACACAUCCGCGAAGGUGGAUCCUCGCGGAGGAACAGGAUAAAAGUGACGAAGGACUUUUGCUGGCUGCUCGUGGCAGAAGGUGGAUCCGCGAACGAUGAGACCGAUCGAUCGCUCGGCGAACCGGAUGUCUCGUCAAUCGACGCGUUAGGCGUUGUCGUCAAUGCCCGCGGCUCGUGGACGAACGUUUCCGCGUAGAGUAGAAACCUGGCACGCCGGCACGGCGCCACGUUGCGUCCGAAAUCGAGACGCGAUCGGUACGCUAGAGCGGGAGACCGACCGUUCGAACCGAAGCGACUGGACAUCCGCCAGGAAACGGGGUAAUUCGCCGAGGGAAGCUCGAGGAUCUCCACGCGUGUUCGAUCGUUCCAAGAACGGGCCGGAAGUCACGAUGAACGGACACGAGGAGUAACGGGAUAAAGAUAUACCAUAGAGCAUAUACGUCCCAGUAGCUAUAGGUAAAUCGAGAGGACUGUCACAAAACUAGCACCAGAAGAGUAGUAAACCACGAAAUCCGACGAAGACUGAGAACGAUCGGAGGGAAACGGUCGGUUAUCCGCGGAGCAGCACCGCGUGAGCAAACGAGCCGACGAAGUCGUCCACAAGAAGGCGGAAGAGCGACGAAAACGGUGGGUCGGUGUGGUGAACCGAAGCAGGAAGGAUGUCGAGGGACCCGUACUCGAGCGGAAGCGGAGUGGUCGGGCCAGGAGGCGGCACUCGUUCGCCGCGAAGCUGUCGUCGCGUGGGCGAACUACCCACGGUCGACCGUAGCCCGUCGAGGAGCUACGCGAGCGGUCGCGGGAGUCCGUUGGGUCGCAAGAGAGCCACUCGUAGCGGCAACAACUCGCCGGAGCACCUCGGAUACGGCAGCUACCAUCACCAUCAGCUGGGCAGCCCGUACUACUCCCGUGACGAGGACCUCGGCAGUCCCGUGAUGCUCGAGGAGAGGGGCAGGAGUAUGUCAACCGGGGGCGGUGGGGGCGGACAUCACAGAUCCAGAAGCGCCUCGAGACCCGCCAUGUCCAGCUCGGCGGGCAUGUCGGCGAGGUAUACCAGCCUCGAUCGCGCGUCAGCGGGGAUUCUCGAUCACGAUCGCGAGUUCGUACCGAUACGGGAUCCGCGCGAACGUAGUCGCGACCGCGGUCUCUACCUCGAAGAUGAGCUCUACGGAUCGAGAUCGGCCAGGCAGAGCCCUAACCCGCACAUGCUGCGGGAUGGCGGUGGCUACAUCGGAGAGCUUCAACACCAGAACAACGAUCUCCAACGAGAGCUCGGGAACCUCAAGAAGGAGCUCGAGCUGACGAACCAAAAGCUCGGCAGCUCGAUGCACAGUAUCAAGACCUUCUGGAGUCCCGAGCUUAAGAAGGAGAGAGCGUUGAGGAAGGAGGAGAGCACCAAGUACAGCCUGAUCAACGAACAGCUGAAACUGCUCAACUCCGAGAACCAGCUGACACGAACUAGACUUCACAGAAUGAAACAAAGCAUGAUGGUGAGACAAUUGGAAGAGGAGCUCAGAAUGAGGAUGCGAGGGCCGAGCGUCGAGAUACAACAGCAAAUGGAAGUUUUGUACAACGAGAACGAGCAUCUGACGCGAGAGAUCGCCAUACUUCGUGACACGAUAAAGGAGCUGGAGUUGAGAAUAGAAACGCAGAAACAAACCCUGCAAGCUCGCGAUGAAAGCAUCAAGAAGCUCCUCGAGAUGCUCCAAAACAAGGGAAUGGACAGAGACCGUACGAAACUCUGGACAUCGAGCAGAACCCCCAAGAGCUUCUCGUUGCUUUCUGCUGUUCCAGGAAAAGAGGAGGAAAGGAUCAUGUUCCAGCAGAUGCAGUCGAUGGCUCAGAAGCAGCUUUCUGAGGAGCUGGACGAGCUCCGGACGGAAGUGCAGCGCAGGGAUCAGGAGCUGCUGGCAAUGUCCGCCAAGAUGAAGACCCUCGAGGAGCAGCACCAGGACUACCAGCGGCACAUCGCCGUGCUGAAGGAGUCCCUCUGCGCCAAGGAGGAGCACUACAACAUGCUGCAGGCUGAUGUGGAGGAAAUGCGGCAGAGGCUCGAGGAGAAGAACCGGAUGAUCGAGAAGAAGACGCAGGCCGCGUUGCAGGCGCAACAGGAACGGAAUCGCAUGAACACGGAGCUCACAGAGAUCAAGGAUCACAUGGACAUUAAGGACAGGAAGAUCAAUGUUCUUCAACGCAAGAUCGAGAACCUGGAGGAUCUGCUGAAGGAAAAGGACAACCAGGUCGACAUGGCCAGGGCGCGUCUAACGGCAAUGCAGGCGCACCACUGCAGCAGCGAGGGUACACUUAGUAGCCUCGAGGAAGCGAUAGGAGAUAAGGAGAAGCAAAUGGCGCAAUUACGCGAUCAGAGGGAUAGGGCGGAGCAGGAGAAGCAGGAAGAAAGGGAAUUACACGAGAGGGAGCUAGCCGAGUACAAAAUGAAAAUUCACGCCCUCGAGUCUGAGGUCGAGAAAUUGGGCGCCCGUUUGGAGAGGGCGCAGGCAGAGAAGGACAGAUUGGAGGCGAAGCUUGAAAGCUCCCAGUCCGAGCUAGGCAAGAGCAAAGCAGAGCUUGACAAAGCUGCGUCCGAGGUCGGUCGCAGCGGCGCCGACUGGGAGGCUGCCAAACAGAGACUGACCAGGCUGGAGCUGGAGAACGAGAGACUCAGGCACGAUCUCGAGAGGUCGCAGACCACCUACGGAAGGAGCUCGCUGAACUCCACCCAGGAGAUGGACAGGAUCCAGGAACGAGCCGAGAAAACGGCCGCUGAACUCAGGAGGGCCCAGGCAGAACUCAGGGUCACACAGGCGGACAAUGAAAGGGCCAGGGCCGAGGCUGCCGCCCUCCAAGAAAAGGUGGAGAAGAGUCAGGGUGAGGUGUAUAGGCUGAAGGCCAGGUUGGAGAACGCUCAAGGCGAACAGGAGAGCCUUCGGGACGAGUACGAUCGGGCCCAAGCGUCCGUGGCCAGACUUCACUCGGAACGAGACAAAGCGAUAGGGGAACUCGAAAAGGCCCAAGAGGAACUCGAACGCACUCAGGCGACUCUUGGUAAAUCGCAGCUUCAGCAGGACAAGCUUCAAAAUCUAUUGGACAAGACGCAGAGCGAGGUGGACAAGCUUCAGGAAAAACUGGACAAGACGCAAACGGAAAUUCGCAGGAUGCAAAUGGAACGAGAGAAACAGAAUUACGACUUCGAGAAUGUACAGAGCCAGCUGGACAAAGCCCUUGGCCAGUCGACGAGAAUGCAGAAGGAACGAGAAACGAUUCAACUGGACGUUGACCGGCUACAGGAUAAAUACGAAAAGGCACAGAUCAUAAUGCAACGGCUACAGAAGGAAAGGGACGGGUUUCAAGAGGAAACACAGAAGUUGCACGAGAGGAUAGAGUUCCAACAGAAUCAGAUAGCUAAGAUGCAACGGGAGAAGGAGAACGUACUGUCGGAGCUCGAUCUGGUGAAGGAAAGAUGGGAGAAGGUGCACAAUUCUCAUCAGAAGCUGACCCUUGAACGAGACGACGCAGUGACCGAGAUAGAGAUCCUGAAAGAGAAACUGGACAAGGCUCAAUAUUCCAUGAACAAGGCUCACGAGGAACGAGAGAACGCGAACAAGGAAUUCGAGAAGAUGCUAGAGAAGUAUGACAGAGCACAGAGCGAGGUGUACCGGCUGCAGAACCGCAUCGAGGUGAUGGAAGCCGACAGGGACCGUCUGGAGCUCGAGACGGACAAGCAGCAGAUGCUGGCAGGGAAGAGUCGCGAGGAAGCGCGUAAAGCUCAGGAGGAGCUGGCCCGCGUGCAAGAGCUGUACGACAGGGCGGCGUUGCAGCUGAGUCGGACGAAGGAGCACGAGGAAAAGUCGAAGGAGGACCUGGACAGAUUGUCGGUGGACCUGGAGAUGGUGCGUGAACGGUACGAGAAGUCGCAGAUCGAGCUACGCCGGCUGCAGAACGAGAGGGAGAAACUGGUCGCGGACAACGAGCGUAUCAGCUUCGAGCUAGAGCGCGCGCACUCGCAGCUGAACAAGGCGCAGGCAGCGACCGAGAAGACGCAGGAGGAGCUUGUCCGUAUGCAGCAGGAGAUCGAGAAGAUGUACGAGAAGCACGACAGGCAACAGGCGGAAGUGAGGAAGGCUCAGGGUGAGACGGAACGAUUGCGCGUGGAGGCUGAGAGCGCGCGCGAGGAGUGCGAGAGGUACGCGGCCAGGUUCGGCAAGUAUCAGGAAAGCCAAGAACGGCAGAAGGAGGAGCACGAGUGGGCGAAGCUGGAGGUGGAGCGGCUGAGGGAUCGGCUGGAGAAGGCGCUUGCGGAGCUCGAGCGCGCGAGGAAGGCCGAGCAGGACGCCUCGAGGCUGCGCGCCGAUCUGGAACGUGCGGAGGGGGUGCGAGGUAAAUACCAGUACGAGCAGGAGAAGUGGCAGAGCGAGGGUAGUAGGCUACAGCAGGAGGUGGAGAAGCUGCGUGAACGUCUGGAGAGCCGCGAGACGGAGCUGAAGAGGACGCAGACGGACAACGGGGAGCUCGAGGCGAAGCUGCACAAGACGCAGCUUCUACUCGAGCGGGCUAGGGAGGAGACCACCACGGCGAACGCGGCGCAGGAGCGGAAUCGAGGCGAGAUCGAGCGGGCUAGAAUCGAAACCGAGAAGAUACGCGACCGUCACGACAAGGUGAAGGCGAGAGCGGACGCCCUAGAGGCGGACAACGAGAAGCUCCGCGUCGAGAUCAUCCGGCUGGAGAGGCUGAUGCAAACCGAGGGCAAGACCAGGUCGGAGAGUGCGAGCAUCGAGGUAGAGCGGCUCCGGGCCAGCCUGGACAAGGCGAUCGUGGCGCGGGAUCAGGUGGAGCUCGAGGCGGGCAGACUGGCCAGAGAGCUCGAGAAGGCGCACCUGCAGACGGCCAAGUUCCAAGAGGCCGCCGAGGCGAACAAGAAGGAGCUGGAACGACUAGCCGCGGAGACGCAGCUGCUGCGGGACGAGCGCGACGCGCUCAGGCAAGAUCUGAGAAGGUUGCAGCAGCAGCAACAGCAGCAACAGCAGCAACAACAGAUCGCCGGCAGCGAGGAGAUGGCGCAUCUGCAGCACGAGCUGCAGCUGGCGCAACGUGAACGCGACAAGAUGGCCGCGAUACUGGAGAACCGUGAGAAACACUCGGAGAAGAUCGAGAAGAUGAAGGAGAAGCUCGAGGUGGAGGCGAAGCAGCUGCAGGUGGAACGCGAUCAGCUGGUGAUACAGCUGGAGAAGUCGCAGGAGAUGCUGGUGAACUUCCAGCAGGAGCUGAACGCGAACGAGGCGGAGGUCGAGCGUCAGCGGGAGGAGGUGCGUCGGUUGCAGCAGCUGCAGCAGCAGAGGGCGCAAGCCCAGACGCCCGACAGGGCCGCGAAGGAGGCGCUCGAGGCGCAGAUGCGCGAGGUGCAUCGGCUCAAUCAGCAGAUGCAGAACCUGACGCAGCAGCAGGCCAAGGAACGACAGAGGGCCGAGCAGGCCGAGAAACGGGUGCAGGAGCUGCAAAAGCAGAUCGCCUCGAGGGACACGAUGGCCGGCGGGAACGAGGCGCAGGUCGAACAAUGGCGUAAGCUCUGCGAGACGGAGAAGCAACGGGCGGACUCGGCCGAGAGGCAGGCCGCGGAUCUCCAGAAACGCAUCCAGACGACGGAGAGGCAGCUGCACGCCCAGCAGCAACAGAUCCAGCAGAUGCAGCAGCAACAGCACCAGCUACAACAGCAACAACAGCAGCAGCAGCAGCAACCACAACAGAACGGCCAGGAGGCCGCCAGGCUGAGAAAGGAGCUCGAACGCGCGCGAGAGGAGGUUAAGCAGGCGGCCGUCGAGCGCGAGCGGUUCCAGGCGCAGCUCGAAAUGCUGUGCCAGGAACUCGAGAGGAAUCAGGUGGACCUGCACGAGGCGUCGAAGAAGCUCCAAGCUGGCGCCGGGAAACCUGGUACCGACACUACUCAAGAGAGAAGACAGCUGGAGGAACAGAAACGACAACUGGAGGACCAGAGAAGACAGAUGGAAGAACGAGCGAAGUCCGUAGACCAGAAAGCUAGAACGAUAGAGGAGAAGGAGAGGACGCUCCAAAAUCUCGACCAGGACCUGAAGAAACGGAAAGCGAAAAUGGACCAGCUGGAGCAGCAGUUACAGAGGAGCGGUGGGUCGCCGGACAAAAGAUUGGCGGAAAUGCAGAAGAGUCUCGAAGCUGCAGAGAAAGAGUUGGAAAACGCGAAACAGGAGUCGACCAGAAGCGCUGCCGAGACCGAGAGGCUACUGCAGCUGAUGCAGAUGACUCAGGAAGAGCAGAACUCCAAAGAGAGACAAAUCAGAGAACUUCAAGAUGCACUAAAAGCCGCACAAGCCAAGUUGAAACAAGCCGCAACUGCACAGCAACAAGAGGACCUGGAGAUCGCCGCGUCCCGCGCCGAAAACGCCAGAGGCGUCGAGGAAAGCAGAAGAAAGGAGCUGGAGUCGAAGGACAGACGGAUAUCGGAGCUAGAAUCGAAAGCGUCCGCCCUGGAGAAGCUGCUGAAGGAGCACGCGUGCUCGAAAAAGAUCAAGGACGUGAGGAACGUCAGCCUGGAGGACAACGACGGCUGGAAGAAGGAACUGGAGACGAAGAACAGACGUAUAGCCGAGCUGGAGGGUGAACUGGUCGCCUGCAAGACCGUCGAGGAUGCGAACGUCGCGUCCGCGCAGAGUCCAAAGCUGACGGACGAGUUGAGGGAGGAGAAAGACACCUGGAGGAGGGAGCUGGAGAUUAGGAACGGUCGCAUAGCGCAGUUAGAGGGCGAGAUCGAGUCGUUGAAGAGGCUGGUCAAGGAGGAUGGUCAAAUAAACAAGGUAAAGAGAUGCAGCGACAACGAAACCACGGUCAAAGAGGGCGACGAGUCCUGGAAACAGGUGAUCGAAGCGAAGAAUCGACGAAUCGUGGAGCUGGAGCAGGAAAUGGAGUCCCUGGAGAAUUUUCUCAGGGAGCACGCGGACACAGAGAGCGUACGGGAGCUGGAGAUCGCGAUCGAGAGGAAGACCAGGAGGAUCGAGGAGCUGGAGGACACCGUGGCGGAGUUCGAGGACUUUCUAAAGCAGAAUCCAGACGUGAAGGAGCUGCACGACUUGCGUUGCCAGGUGACCGCCGGAAAUAGAAGGAUCCAGGAGCUGGAGAGGUGGAUCCAGAAGAACGGCGAGAACAGGGAGGCGAGGAUCGAUCAGGGCAGGGUCGUCGAACUGGAGGAAAUGGUGACGCAGCUGGAGGAGUACGUGAGGAAGCACAACGUGGAUGGAUUGAAGAGGAAGCUGCAGGAUCGAGAGUGCAGGAUCGAACAGCUGCAGAACCGAAUUGGGUAUUUGGAGAAGGAACUGGUGAAGGUUGAGGAAAAUUGUCAAGGAAAGGAAGUGCAAAAGAACCAUCGUAACGUGCAAGAAAGAGAGACAGGAAUGAAGCCAGACGAUCUUCCCUGCAGCCACCUGAUCACCGACGAGAAUUCAGAGCUGUUCGAUAAGGAGCAGAGGAUGAUGAAGAUGGAGCACGCUAUUUCCGAGAAAGACAACAGGAUACAGGCGUACGAGCAGCAGAUCGUCGAGUGCAAGGACGAGAUAGCGAAGCUCAGAAAGGAGACGGCUACUCUGAAGAAGGAGCUGAGCGAGUACGACGACAUCGGUAUCUUGAAGGAGGAGAUCAGAGUCAGGGAUGAGAGGAUCGUACAGCUCGAGGACGAAGUAGACUCUCUGGAAAGGGCCUUCAACGAGAGGAUCGAUCUGGAGAAGAUCGAUCUGGAGCAGAUCGAAGAGCUGGUGAAGGUUAUAAAGGAAAAGGAGGACAAGGAACGACUGAUGUUCAAGGAUCUCGUGGAGAAAAAAGGCAAGAUCGAGGAACUCACGGAAGCUCUUCGCGAAAGCGUCGUCAUCGCGAGCGACAGCGAGAGAAAAUCGAAGAACGAUGAGAAAACGAGAGAGGACGCCCUUCAAAGAGUAGCCAAGUUGGAACAGAGAAUCGCUUCGAUGCAAACAGCUUCUGCGUUGAAAUGCAUCACCUGUCAGCCCCUUCUCUCUAAACUGCAAAAGUACGAAACGAAGCUUCAACGUCUCGCCGAAGAAAGAACUAUGCAACUCGAGGAUCUCCGUCAAGUAAAACGAGAAGCUUUGAAAGCUGCAGUCUCUGAGAAGGACGCUCAUCUGGCGUUGCUGGAACAUUCCGGGAUAAAAACUGCUGCUCAGUCCGAACAAGCAGAACAGUUGAUGGUAGACAGGAAGAGGCUAUUGGACAUGCUGAAGAAAGAGGACGAGAAGAGCAUCGAAUUAUCGAUAGAGUCUGGUUCGAGUGGCUCGGAGGGAACAACACCACAGCUGCUUACAAAAGUUCUGGAAACAUCUGACGACGACGAAGAAACUUCGAACGAUCGUCGCAGCGAUUCGAGUUCCCCGCGUCCGGCUACAACGAAUGGCGACAGCUGUGCUCACACCAAAAAGAAGACACCGAACGGAUCAGAAUCGCGAAGCACGCGAGACCAUCCGAUGGCCCAUCGGCGGGAUAGCAGAUAAGUACUCGAGACGCCUACGGUUAUUACGGUGUAGAAAACAAAAAAAAAAAAACAAACGGUCUCUCUUCGUUUCUUCGAUGUUGUCAUGUGCACACACACGCAACCGUAGAGGCAGUCUAGAGCAUUUCUAGAGUCUUAGAGAGAAACCAACAGCCAACAGAGAUACCUCAUCGACUCCAACAGCGACAAUACCGACAGACAGCAUCCCCGUGUCGUUCAUCAUUCAUUCGUAUCCAUCAGCAUCAUCGCGAUCAUCAUCGCCAUUAAUCAUCAUCUUCGCCAUUCAUCAUUUCGAUCACAGUCAUCCAAGCACGUCGCCCUUGCGAAAAGUCCCAUGGAAUCAGCCGAGGAGGAUCGUUCCGUGAGGCACUGGUGGCCUCGUUUCAGAGAAAUCGUUUGACGAGGUUCGCCAUUUCGCGAGAACCGUUCCGAGGACGCGCGAUGAUCCGUCAGCGGAUAUCUUUUUAGGAGGCAACGGUGUAUGCUUUCUUCGAGUCUUUAGAGCGCGUGGACGACCGUCCAAAAAACGUGUACGUUGCCCGUGGUUUCGUUGUCAACGCGUCUUUGAUUUAUAGAUAAUCCAAGGCAUGCACGCGGCAAACGAACAACGAGAAAACAAUUUCCGGAAUAAAAUCGAAACGGAGCGUCCAUGGAGGAUCGGUACAAUUGUUACGAUAGAAUUUAGGUAGUUCUUUUGGUAGACCAGUUGGUUGCAUGUCUCAGAAUCCUCCGGGGAUGCUCUGCUUUCAGCAAGGUUUGAUCAUCGAUCGUUAAUAUGUCGAGUAUUCGUUCGAGCGUGCAUUUCUUUCUCUAUUAUUCGCGAAGUUCGCGAACGCACGACGUAAGGGUGGCGGUUUGAUCCUCGUCCAGCGUAUCAGGUGACGCAACUAUAUAGCAUGGCUAACAUUGACAUGUUUGUUGAGGAGUUACAUCCAUUUACAACGAACGCGUUAAAGGAGUCAAAGGAGAAAGGAGUCGUUCCUCCGUGAAUUAAAUUCAUCACUCUUGGCACUACAUUGUUGCAAAUUUCAUCGAGCUUCGUCAGGAACGACGCCUUUCUUCGCGUUCCGCGAUCCAAACCACAACUCACCUGCCAUCGACUCCUGCAACCUCGUACUCCCUCCCAUCGUCGAUCUAUCUCUCUCCGUCGCCCACGAUUCGAGUGGCUCGAUGAGAGAACAAAUGGUAGGGAUCGAUGAUCGCGUGCAAUUCUUUCCCGACCCAACUUUCCUUUUUUUAGAUUUCUUGUCACGGGUCCAAAGAUCGUCGUUGUAAUAACGAGCGCCUAGAGCUCUAGUUUGAAGGAAAACGGGAAUAAGGAAACUAAAUAAAAGACGAAAAAAGAUAUAGUAGGAUCGUCGUAGGAGAUAAUUUGUAGCGCGAGGGAUCAUCCCCUUUCGAACGACCCUCGAAACGGGCCAGAGUGGUUUCGGGAUUAUACGAGAGAACUGAGAAGAAACAGAAGGGGGAGAAAAGCUCGAGUCGUGGUGUCGAUUAGCUUUCAAGAUGACAAUAAACGAACGUUUCGCGCAGCCAGCGCGUCGCUCGAUCUGCUUGGGAUACGUCGAAGGGACGCACGAGGGAAACGCCAUCGAGCCAUUUUUCAUCCUAUUGGAACGUUCAUGCGUCGCGAAUUUUAAUCGCGAACUGUUACUCGAAUCGAUAGAAUUAAUCCGUUUAAGCAUUCGGAAAACGACUAGAUACGAAAUGAAAAUAAUCUCGCGCGUACGUAGCGCGUAAAACUGCGUCAGCGACGGAGAUCGAUGUUCGUACGCUGGACGCGUAAUCUAAUAUAUAAACGUCAAUAAACUCGUGUACACAGUUGUAGCAUAUUAAUCAUAGAUAACGAUUGCAAUCGGUAUUUACUCGAACUACGAUUAUCACGAAGCAUAUAGAAACUGUUGACCCGCGGGAACAACUUCCAUAUAGUUUCUCAGCCUGGAUCACUUGGUACGUGUCUAUUUUACGUUGACAGCCGUGCAGAUAUUUAUAGAGAUUGUUACGAAGCUUUCGUUCGUCGACUGACACGAUAGAUCGAUAUUUAUUGAAAUUGUUGCAAAAUCUUUAUCCGUGUAAAUAGUCGAUGAAUACGUAUAUAUAUAUAUAUAUAUAUAUAUAGAACGAGAUUAAGAUUCGGGGGCGAUUUUACAUAGACGUGGUUACGAUCCCUUUGAGUUGCUCGCCAAGAAGAUGCAGGCAAAUCUUGUUUUCGACUUUGUAAGAUUUACCUAGAAAGAACGGCGUUGUGGAAUAGGUUGUAGCUUAGUAGAACUUUACGGAUCGUUUCAGAAGUUUUACGACGUGUCUCGACAAAGGAAUCGAGCUCCUCCGUCUCGCGAAAGAAACUUAAAAUAUUUAACCCGCUAUUGCAUAAUGUUCCCGAAUACCGGGAAUCCAACGAAAAGCAAUCCCCAUUAGACGAGGAAACUUUGCAGGGACGAUGUUUCUAGCCCCGCAGAUUUAACCAUUUAUUACUUAGUCCGACUUAUUACUUAAGUGACCAAGAAACGAUCGCCUCUUGGUAGGUAAAAUAAAGUUAAUGCAAUAGAGGGUUAACAACGAAGGUCGUGCGACGCCUCCAGGGGCGUUUUCUUCGUGCGUCUCGGAGAAGUUAUCCAGGACGACGGCCAAAAACGGUUGUCUCGGGCGAACAGAGGGGACAAUUGGCGAGAAACUCGUUUUCCGACGAGGAUGGACGCGCGACGACGUAGAGACGCGGCGAAGAGACAUCGGGUGUUGGUACUGACCAGCUUUCGGAACGAUAUCGGGAUCUGGAUGGAUAUCUGAUAGCCUCCCGAUUCGCGUCGUGGCGAUUGUCACGGUCCGUGUUCGUUGGCUGGCAGCGAAAUUGGUCGACAUCGGGACAACGGGGAUAAGGAAUAGCGAUAAGUAGAAAAAUGGACGAGUCGUUUUUUGUAAAUAAAUCGUACGUCGACGUUUACUUCGAUAGACCCUGCUAGUCGUGGUCCCGCACCUGUGCUUGCUCUGGUUCCCGCGUAACGACUAGAUUACACCUGUACUACGUGUAUACAUAGAUAUAAUAUCACGCUAAACGAAUUUCAUCGAGCAUUACAACCUUACGAGCUGAUAGUGAAACCCAGUGCAUGAUUCCCGGUACGACGGCCCGGGAUUCCGCGGAGAACGAAGCAAUUAUCCACCAUCGACGAAUGGAAUCGUAUCGAACCGUGUUUCUAUUCGUCCGUUGUUCGAAUCGGUCUCGCCAUUCGAUCGGGUACGUCCUGGGCCGCCAUUGCGAAUUGAACAGAUCGGAAGCGACGCGGACGAAGCGCGUCGUUCCCAGUCGAGGAACGACGAACGACGCGGUUUCGAUCGCGAGAGGAUCGACACUGUGACCCCCCCCUCCCCCAGGGAAUUGAAAACGAACGACGCGCUCUUCGCCCGCCUCUCGCUCACUGUAUACAUAUUAUAUAUAUUUAUAUAUAUAUAUAAGAAUAAAAAAAACUAUACAUAUAUUGUCGGUCUGCCGUACGGAGAGUUAAGCGACAUGUUGAAAGUGUAAAAUUUUAUCGUUAAUACUUUAA